GGGGGGUCUCCCAGUUGCCUUCAGAAUGGGCUUCACUCAGCCAGGUCACCUUGUGUUCAUGGAAACAGCAGGGCGUUCGAAGUCGUUUUUUGGUGCCGAAGCUCUUUUUCACUCAACUCGUACGACCGCGACCUAAGCCGCAGCCUCGAAGUUCAUUCAGCCAUGGGUGCAGGAGCCUGGAAGGGAAGCAGGCAUAGUUUAUUUAUGUGUACGGGGUGUGAUCCACUCAAUGGACCAACUUGUGUAAAUAUGCCCACAGCAGUCAGAUGGCCCUGGUGAAUGUUUGAUAUUGUCAUUUGUAAGUGAAGUGAUGGAGUGAUUCUUGAACAACCGUGAGCUGAUGGAGAUUCCCUGGGUCACUCCUGGCCACUUGGCCGCAGUGUUGCAAGGAGAUGAAGAGGUGCGUGGUCAUCUGGCCUGAGGAGGUGGCCAAGGAGGCAUUGGGUGAGAUUUGGGACGACAAAAGCAAACUCCCAGCCAGCGUGAAUGGUGCAAUGCUGGUGAUGAAUGAGGUUGAAUGGCCCGAGGCUGACCAGAAGAAGACUUGGGAGAAGAUGUUCCAAAAGGUGUGUUCGGGAUGGCUUGAGGACCAGUGUUACUUGGACCAGGAGAAGCGCUUUGUUCCUCCCAAGGGUUGUGACAGUCACUGUGUGUGGAAUUGGGAUGCCGAGACGGCCGACAAGUUCCUUGAGAAGAUCGGGGUCAAAAAGCUUGGCCUUACUGGGGCACAGUUGUCUGACCCAGUGAACCGCGAUAAAUUGGACAUGGAUGACAGUGACAAGGUCGGCGAGAAGUUGAUUCAAGAGUGCGGUCUUUUGAUGCAAGAUAUGGUGAAGUCAGCCAGCUGAGAAGGCCUAGGUGAAACACGAACAUUCUUUGCACAACGAGCAGGAGUGUUGAAAACGGAUUCCUGGCUUCUGAGAAGCGCUGGAAAAUCCUAUCCCACGGCCUGAGCGGGAGAUUGGGACAACAAAUGCGGAGGCACACGGGCCUCUCCUUUUGAAGCUGGUGUGCUUCGCAAACGAAUCCAAGUUGAAUCUGCCAUGACAUUUGAGCCUUGCUCCCAACCGCCCGGCUCCUGUGUUUCGCUUCGCCUGGCCAACCUUGAAAUCAAUAGUUGGUUAUUUUGGUGGCAGCAAACGCUUCAGACUCACCUGUGCUGGCAACAAGCGGCGCCACUUGCACCUCCCUGAC